UCCGCCCUGUGUAGACGAACACACAAAAUAGAAAGAAAAGAAAGAAAAUUUUCUAAGUGGUGUACAUUUACACACACAAACUUCUAAAUACAUAUAUCUAUGUAUAUAUGUAUUCAAAAUGAUUAUUAAGUAGUGCUAUAAAAAUGGGUCCUUAACCAUUAUUAAGGAAUCGCAAAAAAAAAGGAAAAAAGCGAAAUUUUUAGUAUUAAAAAAAAAAAAAUUAAAUUUUUUUUUUCAUUAAUUUUCCUUUUUUAAAUUUCGUUUCGGGUUUUUUUUUUCUAUGUUUUAAUUUUCAACAAAAAAAAAAAACCAAUUUUUUUUUGGAACGAAAUGAUUACAAUAACGUUUUUGCUAAUAAUUACCACAAAUUAUGUGGUAAAUGGAAUGUUUCCUGUUCCAAAUUUUGAGGCAAAUCCAUAUUCGAAACGAUUGUACGAUGAUUUGCUUAGCAAUUACAAUCGAUUGAUACGACCAGUUGUUAAUAAUAGUGAAACGCUAACCGUAUAUUUGGGCUUAAAAUUAUCUCAAUUAAUUGAGGUUAAUUUAAAGAAUCAAGUUAUGACAACAAACCUAUGGGUUAAACAGAAAUGGUUUGAUUACAAAUUGCGUUGGGAUCCAGAAGAAUAUGGUGGCGUUGAAAUGUUAUAUGUACCAUCAGAACAUAUUUGGUUACCUGAUAUUGUUCUUUAUAACAACUGGGAUGGAAAUUAUGAAGUAACUUUGAUGACCAAAGCAACAUUAAAAUAUACGGGGGAAGUAUUUUGGGAGCCCCCGGCAAUUUAUAAAGCUUCUUGUGAAAUGAAUGUUGAAUAUUUUCCAUAUGAUGAGCAGAUUUGUUUUAUGAAAUUUGGUUCAUGGACAUAUAAUGGACUACAGGUGGAUUUAAAACAUCUUGAUCAAACACCUGGUAGUAAUUUGGUUAAAGUUGGAAUUGAUUUAAGUGAAUUUUACUUAUCUGUCGAAUGGGAUAUACUUGAAGUGCCGGCAACAAAGAAUGAAGAAUAUUAUCCUGAAAGUUUGGAACCAUUUUCUGACAUCACAUUUAAAUUGACGAUGAGACGUAAAACACUUUUUUACACCGUGAAUUUAAUAAUACCAUGUGUUGCUUUAACAUUUUUAACGGUGCUUGUUUUUUAUUUACCAAGUGAUUCAGGUGAAAAGGUCACGUUGUGUAUCUCGAUCCUUGUCUCAUUGACUGUGUUCUUUUUACUUUUGGCUGAAAUUAUUCCGCCAACAUCAUUGGCAAUUCCAUUGUUGGGAAAAUAUUUGUUAUUCACAAUGAUAUUGGUCUCGCUUUCAGUUUGGACAACUGUAUGCGUACUCAAUAUACAUUUCAGAUCAACAUCAACACAUGAAAUGUCGCCAUUGGUAAAAAAAAUUUUCUUACAAUUUAUGCCAAAAGUAAUGAUGAUGAGACGAACACAAUAUACAUUACCAGAUUACGAUGAUUCAACACCUAGUAAUGGCUAUACUAAUGAAAUAGAUGUUAGGGAUAGCAUCAGUGAUUUUCCAAGUGAGUUUAAAGAUGGCCAACAGGAAAUGGUUUAUGAUAAUAUGAAUCAAAAUAUACCACAUUCAUCGGAUUCUGAUCAUACAUUUCCUCGGCAUAUGACUCCAGAAGUCUUACAAGCAUUAAGAGCUGUCCGCUUUAUAGCCCAACAUAUUAAAGAUGCUGACAAGGAUAACGAGGUCGUUGAAGAUUGGAAAUUUGUCUCUAUGGUAUUAGAUCGUUUCUUUUUAUGGUUAUUUACAUUAUCAUGUAUAUUCGGCACAUUAAUGAUUAUCUGUCAAUCUCCAUCAUUAUACGAUACACGUGAGCCAAUCGAUAGACAAUUAAGUGAAAUACCAUUAAGAAAAAACAAUUUUAUGUUGCCACCAGAUAUUGUUAGGCAAACUUUAGAUUAAUAAUAAAUUAAUUAUGUACAUAUAUACAUAUAAAAUAUAUAACAACAACAACAAAAAAAAAAGAGUAAAUGAAUUUCAAUAUAUAAUUAAUAAUUCAAUAAGUGAAAAAAGAAAAACAAAAUUUAAUAAACAAUAUUGUAUUAAAAAAAACGUAACAAACAAAGAAAAAAAAAUAACAAUUAUAUUAUAUUUAUUAUUGAAACAAAAAAAGUAUUAUUACUUAUGUUAAUUAUAAGAUAAAAAAAAAAUAUGAAAAAAAUUUAAAAAAAAAAUCCCUUCCUUGUUUUUUGUUAAAUUUAUAUAUACAUUUAAUAUUCUAUACAUUAUGUUUAUUAAUAUAAUCUUACGACUUGUAAAACAAAAAAUAACAAUUCUUUACAAAAACAACCAAUAUUAUGUAAUCCUUUUAUAGGAGCGUCUUAAAUUUUAAAAAUUUAUUUAACAAAGCAAAAUACAAAUAAUAUAUAUAUACAUAAUAUAUUUAUAAAAUAUAUAAUCCAUUUUUAAAAUGAACUUAUGAAUGCAAGAAAGAAAAUUUUCAGUAUAAUAAAUAAAUAACAAUAAUUAAAACAAAACAAAAAAAAAAAAACAAAAAGCAAUUUUUUUUAAAUAAAAUAAAAUAUAUUAAUUUUUUUUUUUAAAAUUAAACUCACAAAAAAAAAAAACAACAAACAUAAAUAAAGCACAUUUCAAUUACAGUCUAAUUAACUUUGAUUUAUUCACAAAACAAAAAAAAAAUACAUUUAAUUAUUUAAGUUAUUUAAAAACAAUAAACAACAUAUAAUACCAAUUUUAUAUUUAUUCAUAAAUAUAUUUAUAUAUAUAUACAAAUUAAAAAAUUUUUACAUUAAAUUUAUUAUAUAUGCAGUAUUAAUAAGUGAUCAGCUAUUUAAGUAUAUAAAAAAAUAUAUAUAAUUAUAUAAUAUUUAUAAGGCAAAAAUUAAAUAAAUAUAAAUAAAUAGCAUUCAAAUAUAAUUAAAAAUUUAUAAAAUAUUAAUGUUAUUUAUUCAAACAUAUAAAAUAUGUAUAUAUAUCUAUGUAUAUAUAAGAAUAUUUUUAUAUCAUCAUUACAAUUCUUUAUAUAGUUUUCUAAAAACAAAAAUAAUAUGGAUUACAACUAUACGCAUUCAUUAUGUGUUUAGGAAUUUUAUAACAAGUAUUAAAAUUUAAAAUAAAAUUAUAUAUAGAAAUUAUAUUGAUGAUAUAAUUAUUAUAAUAUUACUUAUGUAUACAUAUUGCGUGUAUGUACAAAUAUAUAUAUAUAUAAUAAAAAUUUUGCUUUAUAUUUAUUAUAAAAAUUAACUAUAUUAUUAUUAUUAUUAUUAUUAUUAUUAUUAUUAUAUAUUGAAAUGGCUUAUAACCUAUGAAUAUAGUAUAUAUAAUAUAUUAUUUAUGUUAAAUAUUUUCAUUUAAAAAAAAUAUACAUAAAUUUACCAUAUAAUUAAGAAUUUCUUUAUUAUUUUUUUUUUCCUUUCAAAUUUAUAUAUUUCAUUCAUAUUUACAUAUUUAAUUCAUAUUCACAUAUAUAUAUACUAACAAACACCAUUUAAUUACAUAUUUAUACACGUUUUAUACAUACGUACAUUUAUCACAAUUUAUUAAUUCUAUUAAUUAUAUAUAUCUAUACUUAUUAUUAUUAUUCUUUUCUUCUAAAUCAAAAUUAAAAUAAUUUUAUAUAAAUAAAAUGAAGAAAAUUGUUAUUUAUUAAUAUUAUUACUUUCUAUAUUUCAUUAAAAUAAUAAACAUUAAUAAUAUUUUAUUAACAAUUGAAAAAACAAACAAAAAUUUAUUAUACGUUUAUAAAAUUAAAACAAAAAAAUUAUUAAAAAAAAAAAACAAAAAAAAAAAAAAAUUUAAAUUAAAGUAUUAAUCUAUAAUAUUGCUAUUGAAAUCUUUUCAACAAAAACGAAAUAUUAUAAUAGAAAAAAAAAAAAAAAAUUAAAAAUUCUUUAAAAAAAAACAUACAAUAAAUUUGUUUUUAAAAAAUUUUUUUUUUAAAAACACAAUAAAAUUAUAUGAAAUUUCAAUAAAAAAAGAAAAUAAAAAAGUAUUAAAUUAUAGCAAUAUAUAUAUAUAUAUAUACAAUAUAAUAAAAUUAUUUUAAUCAGAAAAAAACCAAAGAUUACAUAUAUAUAUAUAUGUAAACGUUUAUAUAUAUCUUCAAAAUAUAUAUUUAUUAUAUAUAAGAUAUAUGAAUAUAAAACUUAUAUAAAAUUUAUCUUUAUACUUUAAAAAAAAAACAAAAACAAGUAGUUUGAAACCAAAAAUGAGUAUAUCUUUAUUCGAACAUUAAUAAUUUCUAAUUAAAAAUAUAAAAAAAACAAUACUUUAAAUUAAUUCAAAAAAACCAAAAAUAAUAAUAAUAAUAUACAAUUCUAUUUAACUUACAAACAUUAUAUAAUUAUAAUUCUCAUCAAUUUUGUUUUUUAAACCAAAAAAACAAAAAUUUUUAACUUUAAUAAAACAAAAUACUAACAAUAAAAAAAAAAAAACAAACCACAAUAUACUUUAAAUUAAUUUAAUAUUUAAUCUUAACUGCUAUAUACUAGAAAAUUUAAUAAAUGAAAACAAAAAUAUACAACAAUAUAUUUAAAAAAUUUCUAGUUAUAUAUUUAAUCGUUAAAAAAUUUCUUUAACAAAAAACAUAAAAUUUAAAAAAAAAUCUUGUUAAAUUUUAAAACUAUAAAAUUAUAAUUAAACCUAUAAAAAAAAAAAAAAAACAGAAUAUUAUGCUAUUAUUAUUAUUAAUAUUUAUAACUUUAUUAAAAAUUAAUUAAUUAAAGAAAACAUAAAAUUGUAAAAAUAACUUUACUAUUAUAUCAUAUACACAUUAAUAUUUGUAACUCUUAUUAUUAUCAUUUUAAGAUGAACGAUAGUAAUUAAAUUAUAUAUUUAAUUAAAAAUCUAUUACAAAAAACAAAGAACAAUUUAUAUCUGUAAAAGAUUAUAUUCUUAAAUCUAAAAAAUAAAUUAAAAAUAAAAAAAAGUAUAACUGUAUAACAUCUAUUAUAGAAAACUAAUAUAUUUAUAUAACUAUCAAAAAAAUUUGCUUCUCAUGUUAGAUAAGGAUAUAUAUAUAUAUAUAUAUAUAUAUAAAAUGUAAAAUUUAAGUAAAAAUUAAUAAAACAAAACAAAUACUAUAUAUGUUAUAAUGUUUAAAAGGACAUCCACGACAAAAAAAAAAAACACUAACAUCAAACAAUUAAACAAACACUAUACCAUCAUUGACAACCAUAUAUAAAAUUUGUUAAUUUGUAUCAAAUAUAACUUAAUUAUUAUAUAUAAAAAUGUAUUAACAACAACGAAAAAAAAAAAAAAUUACCAACCUAAUGACAUACAAAACAACAUCAUAUAUAACCAUCAAAACAUUUUAAUAUAAUACUCAGGUUAUGUUUAUUACAGAUUAUAAAAAAAAAACACAAAAACAAAAAAGCAAAAUAACACAUAACAAUAUAUGAACGUAUAAAAUUAUUUAUUAAUAUUUAUAAAUUUAUAAAUAAGUAUAUAUGUACGAAUAAAUAAAUGUAUAACACUUUUACAUAUACGAGUAAAACUACAUACAUUUAAAAACAAUACAAUAUAAUCUUACUUUUUUUUCUAAAUACUUAGUUUUUAAGUCACACUCUCUAAUAAAACAUAUUAUAUACAUAAAAACAUUUAAAAAAAACAAAACAUAAAACGAAUAAACAAGAAAGAACAAAAUUUAUAAAAGUUAUUGGUAAUAUUAUUACAAAACUAUAAACAAUAUUUAUAUUUAUAUAUUUAUAGACUAACUAUACUAUUAUAUUAUAUAACUAUUUUAAAUCUUCCACACUUAUAAUGUGAAAUAAUAAUAUUAUAAUACAAUAAAAAAGUGUUAUAAUAUAUAUAUAUAUAACAGAAAAUAUGAACCAAUAAAUUAAAUUAAAAAUUUUAAUUUAAUAAAUGAAAAUGACGUAAACCAUUCAAAAAUAAUAAAAUAAUCAAUAUAAAAACAUAAAAUUAACAAAAAAAAAAAACAAAAAAAAACGAAAAAAAAAACAAACAAAACAAUGUUUUUAAUAAACAAAAAAAAAAAAAAUAAUACUUAUUAAAACCAAAAUAAUGACACAAACAAAAAAAAAAACAAUAAUUGAACUAAGAAAAAAUCAAAACUGAUAACGAUGAUAGUAGCAAAAAAACAAAAAAUAAAAAACAAAAACCAAAACAAAAACAAAACAAAAAUCAAUUAUUGAAAAUUAUUCUAGCGCUGUUGAAAAUUAACAGAAAGACAGACAAAAAGAAAAUACAAGUGUUAAUUAUUUCGAAUAAAGUUAUCCAUACAACUUGGAUAAGAAAA